CGCUACCACACCAGCACCCAUCGUGGGUGUGUGUACGUGUACUGGGUAGCUGUGGUUCUACAUUCCCAAAGUUGUUUUUUCUUCGGAGGAUUGCUAUCCCAACUUUUUCAAAUCCGGAAUGGUUGCACCUUGUGAUAUUCCCAUAUCUUACAGGUCAUUUUCUUCCAACAGCGUUUCGAACAGAAAUAGCAAUGUAGACUCAUCCUUUUAUCAUACCUCCACUCUUGGAAUGACAUUCACUGUGAGUCUUUCGCGCAGCCAGCUUGGUCUAACCGGUUUUGGAACAUCUACCAGCAAUUACAGCAAACAAGUUAUUCCAACUCAACGGAAACCCACGAGGAAACGGUUCACCCCCUUCUAUCUUCACAUCGAAUAUUACCACGGCUUCAAUGAAUCCAUCCUACAAACGGAUUUGGUAUUGUUUUCACCUUGCUUGGCAAAAGUGUAUCCAUUGGGAUCGCUUCCCAUACUCGUUACACCAUGGGUGGACGACGAAAGUCUGUGGAUAGCGUGGAGCGAGGCUGUGAGAUUGGAAUGCACCGAUGAAACCAUUCUGCAUCUCUGGAACAGUAGCAAUAGUGGCGGCUUACAAGUAAGGUACUGGGAUGGUCGAGAAAAAUGUGCUCCACAAGCAAGAUUUGAUCGACCAAAGUCAGUGGCAUCGAGUGUGGAUAUCAAUGAAAUAGCUAUCCAAAAAUUAGUGGAAACUAUGCCUUCACAUCCAAAGCAAACCCAAAAGUUUAUUGUUUCGCGGGUGGCUGGUCUAACCGGUAGGGACAGCCAAAACAUAUCGAACGGGUCUGCUCCGCGAACUUCUUGCUCAAAUACAGCUCAAACUAACGGAAUCCAUCAACCUGACAGAACCACUUCUCCAGAAUCUGUGCAAUCCAUCGAAAACCCAAAUCAUGAAGAACAGUUGGUAUAUCAGACGCCUUCAGAUCAUCAGCCAGCCCCGAUCCUUCCCGAGUGCCGGGAGCCAUCCCGGCACUGCAAUCAAAGGGUUUCCGGUAGAACGCGAUCUACACGCACUAGGAAAUCGGAUCAGACUAAUCCAAGUGAACCGAAUGCAGAUAACCUCGGAAUAUGUUGUCUGGUGCUGAAUGUUGCAUACUUGUUUCGACGCCAAGCACCAGUGCACCUAUUCGCCCGCAAGCCACAUUCCCUUACAGUGUCCAUUGAGCUACCUUUAAGAGAAUCAGUUAUGCUGGCAGAGAACCCAACAAUUCUGGAUUUUAUGGUUAAGUUGGAAGUCAGUGAUCCACUUUUGUCUGACGCACAACGGGAGCAUUUCAAGCCGAUGAUUAUAGAGACAAGAUGUCUACGAAAUCUUCCAGCCGCUGCAUGUGCAAGCUACGCGAAAAUGCGUCAUAUGUGUGAACCGGUUCGGCUCAAGUGGAAUUUCGGUGAAGUGAUGAGCUACACGUCAACAAAGUAUCUACAACAAAAAGAUGUUCCCAUGACGGACAUACAGGUUGUACUCACUGGGUUACAUCCGCCAGAACAGAUCACCGAAAUGAUGCUCAGUACACCACUCACAUUCGAUCUGUACGAUCGCAUUCCACGCAAAACCAUGGGGAAGCAAAAAUCUGUCACAGAAUCCGCCGGUGCUUUGUUCGGUGCGGAACCAGAGGAUUCAGACUUGGCCACAAUCAAGCCCACACUGGAAGUGAUGCCUGAUCGGGCUAGGACUGCCAUACCUUCUGACUCGUUCACACCAGAUGAGCACCCGUUUGGGCGAGUGACUGUGCACUUGGACGAGAUGCUAAAUUUACGCUUAGUCCUUUUGGAAAGGGACUACCCGGUUUUGCCCAUAGAUGAAACGGCAUUUGAUCUGCAAACUACGUUGAGAACAGCGACAGAGAAUCCCAGAACAGCAAGCAGACAAUACGUGGGCUAUGUGGAUGCAGAUUGUAGUCUGUCGAUCCGAGUUGAACUGAACUACGACCUGCAAGCGCCACCCAUAGCCAUGGCAACGCCCAUCGCGACUGAUGGCACGCUUGAGCGGUUCAUUUGCAUAGUAGAAAACCCAGCAACCAAAUGCAUCGAUGACAUGAAGCUAUUGGUCCUGCAACACAACGCACGGUGCAUGAAUAUUCAAGACGACCGCGCCAUAGAAACGCUCCAGAUGUACCUCGGGUUGAAGAGGUCAAAACGGCCGUUUUGUCUCAACGCCUUUAGUGGGUAUGAGUCACUCACUGAAGGCGGGGAGGAAUCGCGGAGUUCUGCGGAAAACCUUAUCACCGGAUUCCACCUUAGCGAUCCCACUUUUCACAUACUGGUGUUGGAGUUACCGUCUGAGGAGAACGCAAUGCAUCUUUUCACCUUUGGGAUACAAAGCCUACUUUCUACUUCUGCUGACCAUCUGAAUAUUAAGUUUAUACGAAACAGCGGCGUACGGUUUACUGGACGUCUCUACUGGAGUCAACACUGGGGUUUUCCGGAGAUCCAUGUCCUUGUUCCGAUUUCACGUUUGAUCCAACAGCCUCUUUUUCACGUCCGUGACCUUCUUCCUCGACUGGCCUAUUGUGCAGUGACUAAACUUCAUACCUUGCGUACAAUGUAUCGCAGCUUAAAGGAUGUCACUCGCGCCAACCUGCUACCUACAAGUAUGAUGCUUGACGCCUUGAUCAGAGAGUUCUCUGCACCUCCCCUCUUGAAAGAACAUUUAUCCAGAGUGAGCUCUGCGUCUAGGAAACUGCAGGAGAGUCAAUCUCAACUGCCAUCAUUACUUAGAAGCCCGACUACUGAAUUGGUGCAGUCUGCUGUGACAAGACCAGCACAAACAAGAGGCCCUUGGGUCAGUUGCGUAGGUCGGAAAGGCACUAAAACUUCAGCAGCACGAAAGACAUCCACCGGGAUGCAACCAACAUUGUAUCGUGCUACGUCAUGUGCAAAACAUGGGGUUUACAACUACAGUGUGCAGAGGUUAAAUUCAGCCGUAAUCGCUCGAAAGGAACUUUCGGAUAAGUUGUCACAAACGAAUAGGACCUAUACGUACAGCAAUCGUUUUUUGCACUCUGCAGGGUUCGAGCCAAACCCAUGCGUACGAGAUUUUAGGCAAAUACUUCGCGAGUACAACGACAGUGGUUGCAGCAAACUUGGGAGUGUAGACAAUCCCAUGCAGCGGAAAAUACGGUGGAACUUUUCCAGUCCCAUCUAUAAUUCCGUUGAAGAGAAGGUGGGUUACAGGGCUCGAUUUGCAAAGGCAGUGACCUCACUGGACGAAGACGGUCGUAUCGUGAAAUAACUCACUACGUUCCAAGUUGUUGUUGUACCCAAAGUUUGAGAAAGACAUGCUGAGUAUCUUCCUGCGGCCAAUCCGCAAAGCCACAAAGCCACAUGAUGUCAUUCCUGUAUUGUCAUACAUUUUAAGUAUUGUGUACUUUUAAAUGCAAUGUUUUGGACCCUAAGAAAAUGUUUUUCUCAUAGUGCCCAUAUUUAAAUUGAUGCCGUUUUUAUUCAAUCAUACGAUUAACUAUUAAAUCUUCACCCAUUCUAUAUUAUCGUUGGAAGAGUAGAGCACUUCCUGAGACAUACAGACCUGUUGGUUUGAAGACAAUUGUUAUUUCUUCUAAUGAUUAAAUCCUUCACCC